UGCGACGGGCGGUGGAGCGCAGUCGUCGUGUUCGGCGUGCGUGCGCUGCGGCGGACCGCGGAUUGGCAGACGUUUGCGCGGUUAAGUCGGGUCGACGAUAAUAAUAAUAUUAUUUAUACACGACGGAAUAUUGCGUGAACGUCGCCGCCGCCGCGUGUACGUGUGCCGCACAUGUCGAUAGCCCGCCGCAGUGGCGGGACAUGCGGCCAUGGGAUGUGGACACUCGGAUCGCAAGUCGUCCGGCUCGCGGACAACGACGUCUGCAUCGCCGUCGCCGGACCGCCGGGACGUCGUCGGCGCGUGGUGCGGCGGCCGGGUCGCGCGCGGUGGCCACGACCGCAGCCGCGGCGAUGAUGCGUUCGCGCACUACAACGAUUACGGCGCCGCGGGAUUUCCCGUCCACCGUAUCACCAAAGUAACGCAGGUUGAACAAGUGGAUGUUUGUGAAGAACAAAACAAUAAAAUAUCUAUUCAUGAUGAUUAUAAUAGUUCUAUAGGGUUCCCAGAAGUAUUAACAAUUAAUGGUAGUUGGAUAUAUGGCUUAAACGCAGGAGGAUCAAGGAAUAAUUUAGAUAUGUUUGAAACAAAUCCUCAAUAUUUGCUCAAAUUUCCUACAGGAAUUUUAGAAGAAAAUUUAUUUGUUACAAUUAAAAUAAUAUUAAAAAUAAAACGAAUACACAAAAAAAAUCCAUUAUACGUUGCAUUUUUUUUAUUCAAAAAUGAUUGUGAACAAAAAGAAACAUUAGGAGCUGAAUAUUUUUUGUGUACUGAACCAGAAGGUAGUUCAGGAGUAUUCAAAGCAAAACAAGUGAUCUCAGAAACAUUUGUAGUGUCUACAUUGAGAAGCUAUGUUAUUGUACCAGCUACCUUCAAACCAUUUCAACAAGGUGAAUUUGUGAUCAAAGUGAUGGUUGACCGAAAAAUUGACUCCGAAUUAAAAAAGUUGAUACCACCAACAAGACCAUCUGUUGGAAAUAUCAAAAUAUAAUAACAAUCAUAUUUAAAAAAAAAUAUUGAAUUUAUAAUACAUUGAUUAUUUGAUUUUAUUUGAGUGCAUUUAAUUGUUAAUUAGUUAUUAAGCAAAUUAAUGUAUUUUCACAUAAAUAAACAACUUAUAUACU